GGCUCCAGUUCAAAAACUCUGCAAUAUGUGUGUGUCCUUGUAAGGGCCCCGACUACACAAGAAUCAACAAGCUUAACAGAGAGCAGCGUCGGACAUGAGGCAUUUACUGACUCUUCCACGUCUAGCCUCCCGGGCGUUUAGCACAACAGUCCGGCAAAUGAAAAACCAGGUGCCGGAAAGUCAGAAGGUUUUCCUGGAGGAUAACGGUCUGCCUAUCCACAUUAAAGGAGGCACUACUGACGUCCUUCUGUACCGUUUGACGAUGGCCAUCACAGUAGCAGGCACUGGCUUUUCCUUUUACUGGUUGCUGUUUGCCUCUUUCCCCAAGAGUAAAGCAUAAUAACUUUAAAGCUACAUGACGCUGUACAAAUCCAUUUCAUUUCAAAUACCUUGAACAUUAAAGCACAUAUAUGAAAGAUGUAUGUGUUAAA